GCCUUGUGGCAGCAUUGAUAGGCGUGCACGCGAAAUAGUUCUUCUGACAGCUGAGUUUUCGACGGCCUGCGCUGGACGCUUGCCUCGCACUGCUUUUCUUUUGCCCGCACGCCAUCGAUCGAGGAGUGGACUGCGCCUUGACGCCCGCGUCGCGAUAUACCAGCGAUAACCAUUGCUGGGCAGCGCGCUGCACGCCAAACGAUUGCCGGCCAGGAGCGCUGCACAACGAUGUCGACGCCUGAAGAAAAGAAGGACGCCAGCAAACUACGCGGAGACGCGCCGGCGUUCAGCUUCGGCGCGCCGCCGCCCGCCGCGGCCGCGCCGACCACCCUCAGCUUCGACGCGCCCAAGGAGCCCACGCGCACCUCCACGGACUCGCCGGACAAGCCGGCCGAGGACGAGGUCGGCAUCCUCUUUCAGGUGGCCGACCAGGAGGGGGUCGCCCAGCACGCGUUCAGAGUGAACAUACUUCGUGAGGAGGCCCAGAGCAAGCCGGUGCUAAAGCUGGUGCAGGAGGUGUUGAUCAACAGGAACCGGCAGCAGACUCAGGUCGACGAGUGCCUGCCGGAAAUCCUCAAGGGCCUGCGCCUCCCCGACGCCCAGUUCCACCGACCCGACGUGGGAAAGCGGCUCGCCGCGGGGGACACCCUACUCGAGCCCGGAGAGACCCCCGACGCCACUGUAAUGCUGAUUGCCAUGUGCGGCGGCGGCGCCCGAGCGGACAUGGUACUCGUGGUCGGCGACGCGCGUGGCUACGUCGGGUCGCGCGCUUUGAACAUCCAUCGGUUGGGGGACCGAUCACUCGGCGACGCGGCAGCCGCGGCGUGCGAAUUGCCCCGAGACGAGUGGGCGCGCGGCGUGAGCGCGAGCCUGGCGCUCGUCAACGACGACGUCGCCAUCACCGAGGUCUCCCACCAGCUCGUGGAGGCCAAAGCGCCCUGGUGCGGGAUCUCGAUUGAGCUCGACCCCACGGUCCCGGCCGCCGAAGCCCUCCAAGACGCGCCGCGACCGCCGCUCGUGCUCGUGCGCCGUGCGGACGACCACUUCGCGCGGCACGGCUUGAAGACGACGAGCGUCGACAUCGCGUGGGCGGGCGGCCGCAUCGAGGCCAUCGCCGUGCGCGAGUGGCCGGUGCCGCGGACGCCGCGCAUGUGGGCCGAGUGGGCGCUGCGGACCGUCUCCGCGCCCCUUGUGCUGCACGGCAUGAUGUCCCCGCAGCUCCGCGACGCCGUUGUCCAGCAAGCGAUAGAAAGCAUGGACAUGGACGACGUCGCCGUCGCCGUCGACGGCGCGCCGGCCGCUCAGAUGGUCCCAGGCGAUGAGCUUGAGGUGGCCCACCCGGAGCGCCUCGUCAUACAGACCUCCGGCAACCUGUUCCAAGACCAGCCAGAAAACGGGUCCUACCUCGCGGUGUCCGCGAUGACGGCGGCAUGCAUGCGGCGCCUCGAGGCCGGCGAGGAGCUGUACGCCCCCAAGUCAACCUGGCGCGCGCUCGAGGUGCGCAGCCGCCUCUACAAGGCGCGCAAGGACGAUAUUAACGCGGGUAAUACUCUCGCGACCGCGCACACGUGUCUGGAAUUUCUGCACGCGCUGGGUCUGUUCGAGGCGGCGGGCCGGCUCGACCGCGCCGACGCGGCGCGCGCCAUCGACUGCGUCAUGGAAAUCGAAAGCUACUUCAGGGCGGCCAACGCGCCGAUCUUUACGUGUGUGCUGGGCGUCGACGGCGCUGCGCGGGAACAAGCCGAGAUUUUCGCGAGCCGGUUGGGGGUGGCCUCGUUCCUCACGCUCCGGCGGGUGCCGGAGCUGCAGAAAUUACAGGCGAGUAUCCAUGGCGACUACGACGAAACGACCGUGGCCUGCAGGGCGCUGGAAGCCGUCGAGAACGUGCGGAGGCAGCUCGCGAUGCCCAAUCGGGAAUCACGCACGCGCGGCCAGCCGCACGUCGCCGCGUUCUGUCUGAGCGUGUUGUGUCAGGCCGCCGCCACGCGGGACAGACGGGCGUUCGUGCUGGGCGAGUCGAGAGAUACCCGUGUUUCCCUGAACUUGCUUUUGGCCCUGCCCAUCGAUCUACUGGAGGCGCCGCUCGACGAGUCGUACCUCAAUCCCGAGCAGCAGUCGCGGCUGCGCGAAACCAUCUCCGAUUUGCUGCUGCUGUGGGACCUGGUGCGGCCGGCCGGUGUGUCCAAAGACUUUAGGCAGCAUUGCGAAGCUCUCGCGGACCGGGCGGAGUCCAAGGGCGAAAGCGACGCCUACGUGUCCGGCCAGAUGCUUCGCGACCUUAUGGAGAAGCUGCGGGGCGAUCGGGCGUCGAAGCGGGCGGGGGUCCAGCGCAAGCUGUUGUUGAGGAAGUUAGAGCCCGACAAAGUGUACUCGAAUUUGAUCGUGCGGGACCCGCCGGCGGGCCUCCGCGCCCUGUUGGCGCGGUUCCGCGUCGCGCCGAGACUGCGCGACGCGCGGCCCUCGCCGCCCAAUGCGCCGAAGCCUGCGGCGCCUGCGGCGCCGCCCACGUCCUGGAGCGACGACGAGGCGACGACGUUGCCGCAGCACGGCUCCGAGGCCAAAAAAAAGAAGAAGCUCGGCGCCAAGGCCGCAAAGAAGAAGCGCCAGAAGGAGCGAAAGAAGGCCGCCGCGCUGCGAGCGGCGGCGGCGCGCGCGGAAGCGCCCGCGGUCGCUCAGCCCGAGGCGCGGGAAGCGGCCCAACCCGAGGCCGAGCGCGCGCCCUCGCCGGACGUCGACGAGGCCGAGACGGCGUCCGAGGCGUCUGCUGACGAUGUCCGCGCGACGCGGCGCGACGCGGCUGAGAAGUUGAAGGUGGUUGGCUUCGACGGGAUGUCGGAUGAUGAAUUGCGCCAGGCCUGUCGGUAUCACGGGCUGGGGGUCUGGCGCCGUCCCGACAGGAAAAAGUGCGAGGAGGCGCUGACAGAGUACCUCGAGUGGGAGUCUCGAUAUAACCGUCGCCAGACGCGGAUGAGGGCCAACGUCCGCGCGAUCGUCUCAGCACGAGAGAGCGUCUACGUCUCGCAGCUCCCCGAACUUUAUCGAAGGAAGUACGGCCGCAAGCUCGAGACGUACGAAAAGUUGACCGAGUUUCUCGCGGAGACCCCGGGCCUGGAGAUGGUGGAUGGCAUCGCCGGCGGCUCUGUUCGAUUGGCGCCGGUGCCCGCUCCCCUAAUGUCCGACGACGUCGCGUCCGGCACGUCGCUAGACGCCGCGACCGCCGAGGCGCCCCCGGACGACGGCGCUGCAGAGGCGGAGGCGCGCGCGCGCGACGAUGAGGCCGCGUCGCUGGCGCUCGCGCGACGGCUCGCGGCCGAGGACCCUGUCGCCCCCAUGCCACCGGCAGCGACGUCGGAGCAGGAGGACGACUUUCGGUUGUUUUUAAGUUCGCUGGGGCUGGGGCACCAUGCCGACCGGCUGAUCGCCGAGUCGGUGGAGAGCAUAGAGGACCUCAUGCUCCUCACCCGCGCCGAUAUCAUGGCGUGCGGCGUGCCAGCGGCCGACGCGACGCGCCUCGAGGCCGCCCUGGCCGCGGCGCGCGGUCCGACCGCGGCGGAAGAGUCCAAGUCGGCGCCACCGCCGCCGCCGCCGGGCAAGGUGCUCGUCGACGAGAUUCUCGACGACGCCGCGGCGCGGGCGGCGGCGCUCGAGACGUCCCUCACGGCGCACCAGGAGGAGCUCCGGCGGCUGAAGGGGCUUUUGACGGAGCGCGGCGUGCCAGACGGAUUGGUGUGCCCCCUGUCGCUGGAGAUCUACGAGGACCCGGUGGUUGCUGCAGACGGCUUCUCGUACGAGCGCCGCGAGAUCGAGGCCUGGCUCGGGCGCGGCAACCGCACGUCCCCCAAAACGAACGAGGAGCUGCCGCACACCUUCCUCACGCCGAAUCGCGACCUGAAAUCCACCUGCCAGGAUUUCCUCGACGACGUGCGGAAAUUCGAGGCGCGCUGA